AUGCCAAACAUGGCUCGCACGUUCCUCAUAUGCUUGAUGAUCGUCCUCCUCGUUGCACCAUCCGUUUUCGCCCGCAAAUACCCCGAAGGAAUUGGCCACCAUAACCGAAAUGGCACGCGCACUGGAGGACACCACAAGGGCGGGCACCACAAGAGCGGUGAGGCCGGCACGUCCGGCCUAACCAGCAGCAAGGGGGUCACGGCGGGCAAAACCUGCAAAAGGUCGUCGCUGGGAUACAAGGCGGCCGUCGAUCCCACCGGAAAAGGGGGUGUUCCCCUUCCCCCCUUUUGCCCUCUGUCGCCUCUGCCGCUGCGGCCGACCUCGUUGGUCUUGGAUCGGUCGGUGCGGCGUCUGCCCCUAGCGGGAGACGCCGCUCUGGCAAGGGCAAGGGGGGCAAGGGCGCGGGUGGGGCUAGCGGGGGUGGUGGAGGUGGCGGUGGGGGCGGCGGGGGGAGUGGGGGUGGCGGUGGGAGCGGUGGCGGGGGUGGAGGUGGCGGUGGCAGCGGCGGAGGCGGAGGUGGCGGUGGCGGUAGCGGUGGGAGCGGAGGCGGCGGUGGCGGCGGAGGUGGAGGCGGCGGUGGUGGAGGAGGUGGAGCUGGUCGGGGUGGUACUUCUCAGCGGAGCGGCUCCGGGAGUGGCGUAG